GUUUAGCUAUAAAACUCUUGUCCAAAAGUGUUAUUUAGUUUUAUUGGAAAGCAGAUACGCGGCAAAUUAAAAAUAAAUUCACAGUAUUUGGAGAAACAAAAGUCACGUUCCUCGGGAAGGCUCAGGAAUGAAUCCGGUGCGAACGUGCCCUCCAAUCUGGUUUCUCGGUGUGAAGGCUGUUGAACGCCGCCCGAGUUGCGCCAUUUUGAAAGUAGUAGGGAGAGAGGGAGCGGCAGGAGGGAAAUCUCAAAGUAGAGUUCAAAGUCUGAAUAUAUUCCCUCAACAUUUUCACUUUACCCAGUCGAAAGCACUUUUGCCCUUUUUUCUAAAAAGCUUUACUCCAGGGAGGACUUUUGCUAUCUUCUGACUAUCGAUAGGAGCCCUGCCCGUUUCAUUCCUGCACUGCUCAGAACCGAUCCGGAUCAGCCCAGCUCCCGGUCCAGAGCUUCAGCCCGUUGCAGGGAUCUGCCCUGUCUUUGCGUCGCUCACCAUGGCAGGAGCCGAUGAUGACAGCGGGGAUGUGCACUGGUGCUUCGCUCAGGUCAAAGGGGCCAUCGACGACGAUGUGGCCGAAGCUGACAUCAUUUCCACGGUGGAAUUCAAUCACACUGGAGAGCUACUAGCCACUGGGGACAAAGGGGGUCGUGUUGUCAUUUUCCAGCAGGAGCCAGAGAGUAAGAAUCAGCCACAGUGCCGAGGAGAGUACAAUGUUUACAGCACCUUCCAGAGCCAUGAGCCCGAAUUUGACUACCUGAAGAGCCUUGAGAUUGAGGAGAAGAUCAACAAGAUUCGAUGGCUGCCUCAACAGAAUGCUGCACAGUUCCUUUUGUCGACAAAUGACAAAACCAUAAAACUGUGGAAAAUUAGUGAACGUGACAAGAGACCAGAGGGCUACAAUUUAAAGGAAGAAGAUGGGCGAUACAGAGAUCCAAACUCUGUUACAUCACUACGGAUACCAGUGUUCCGGCCCAUGGACUUGAUGGUGGAGGCCAGCCCUAGACGAGUGUUUGCUAAUGCUCACACUUACCACAUAAACUCCGUCUCCGUCAACAGUGACAAUGAAACCUACCUGUCUGCAGAUGACCUACGCAUUAACCUGUGGCAUCUGGAGAUAACUGAUCGCAGCUUUAAUAUUGUUGAUAUAAAACCUGCUAAUAUGGAGGAGUUAACAGAAGUGAUCACCGCUGCAGAGUUCCACCCCAACCAAUGCAACACAUUUGUGUAUAGCAGCAGCAAGGGCACCAUCCGCUUGUGUGACAUGAGGGCAUCAGCACUGUGUGACCAGCAUGCCAAACUGUUUGAAGAGCCAGAGGAUCCAAACAAUCGUUCGUUCUUCUCUGAAAUUAUCUCCUCUAUUUCUGAUGUGAAGUUCAGCCACACUGGACGCUACAUGAUGACCCGUGACUAUCUUUCUGUGAAAAUCUGGGAUCUAAACAUGGAGACACGGCCAGUAGAGACAUAUCAGGUGCAUGAAUAUCUCAGGAGUAAGUUGUGCUCACUGUAUGAGAAUGACUGCAUCUUCGACAAGUUUGAAUGUUGUUGGAACGGGAAUGACAGUGUUGUGAUGACCGGUUCUUACAACAACUUCUUCAGGAUGUUUGACAGAGGCUUCCGGCAGGAUGUGACCCUGGAGGCGUCACGGGAGAACAGCAAGCCACGGUCAGUUCUGAAGCCUCGGAAAGUGAGCACAGGUGGGAAACGCAAAAAGGAUGAAAUAAAUGUCGACAGUCUAGACUUUAACAAGAAGAUUCUUCACACUGCCUGGCACCCAUUGGACAACAUAAUUGCUGUGGCUACCACCAACAAUCUGUACAUAUUCCAGGAAAAACUGAACUAGCAACUGAUGAACCAUUCAGAUCCCUUUUUUCACUGGAGUCCUCUCUGUUCUAAUGCACACAUUAAAAAAUGUAUUUCCUGCCUCAGAUAUGGUCUUUUUUUCAUAUUAAAUGUGACAAUGUAUUUUGUCAAAAACAAACCGCUAAUCACACGGUUCCUAUCAGCCUAUCCCAUGACAUCUUUCAUGUUUCAUAAAUAUGUGAACUAACGGGGUUAAUUGAUCUUGGAUUCUAGACUUUGGGAGUUUAGUGUCACCAGAUUCCUCUAAUGGAAUCAUCAUUUGGCAUCUUAUCUCCACUACAUCUGUCAAACCAAAGGGAAAACAUGUUAAAUAGGCGGCUAGUUUGUUUCAUUAUUAUUUGGUGCCAUUGUGACAUAAUAUUUGUCAUACCAACUAAGUGUUUGUAAGUUUUUGUAACUACCAUGUUUGAGUUGGAUAGGAGACUCUUUGUACAUAUUUCUGUUUUAUUCUGGUUUGGAACAUUGUUAAUAAGCUGUCAACACUCCAUGUUUUACCCAAGUAUGUGUCGAGUUGCCAAGAUGGCUCACCCCACCUUCUCCACUGUGCUUUUUGCUGUUAAAGGGCCAUCCUGGUGUUUUAGUCACGCUUUAGCCUUGUGUCUAAAACCAGUGUACACGUUACAUUGCUGCUGACCAUUUAUCAAUUUCUUACCUUUUUAAGAAUCAUUGGUUUACAGUUGUUUCAUCAAGGAACUCAAGUUUUAGAGUAUCGGCCUUUGGUAGAUAACGUUGUUCUGCCACAGUGAAUAAUUGGUCUUAAAUCAAUGUCAGUGUUCUGUAGUAGUGAUCAUACUUUGAAGUAGGGGCUGGUUUAAACCCUGAAUAACUGCUUUCCUUUCCCUGCUGCAGCCAAGCAGAAGCAAAUUGUCUAAGCCAGGGCAUGUGCAUAGUAAAGCUUUUACUAACAUUGACGUUGACUUACAGGUCACGCUAUCAUUAGUUUCAUGAAAAACAGGCUUAAAAAUUAUUGGUAUAUUUCUCUGGAAAUACUUUAUAAAGUUGUACAUCCACAAUAGAUUUACCACAUGUGACAAAGUAAGAUAAAUGAAUGUGCCUGAGAAUGAAGUAGGGUGAGCUGCAGUAUCAGGGUGAGCUGCACAACACACCUACCACAUUAAACAGCUACUUCUGGUAAAAUGAAAACUCAACAUUAGCAGUUAGGGUUUGGCGACGUUUGUAUUUAUUCAUUUCUGGCUUUUGUUGCUGUAGAUCUCACAGGAAGUUACGGGGGGUGGGUGUUGUGUGGUGAAGAUCGUGUGCUGUGUCAAAAGUGGGUGUAUCUUGUCGCCUGACUUGUCAGGACAGCCAAGUAGGUCCACUGAACGAGACUUGCAGAAGGGAACUGCAGUUUGAGAAUUCAAAGUUUCAGCGAGUCAUGAUACUGAAUAACAUUUUCCUUUAAUUAAGUUCACAAUAAACGAGCUACCAGUGUUGCAACUAAUUCAUUAUUAGUCGUUCAGUUUUUAUCUUGAUCAAUUGAUUGUUUGGUCCGUGAACUAUCAGAAAAUGAUGAAAAAAGUUGAUCGACAUUUCCCAAAGCUCAAGUUGACAUCCUAAGAUGUCUUGAUUUGUCCACGACUCGAGUGAGUAAACAUCAAAAUAUUCACAUUUAUGAUGUUGAAAUCAGAGAAUUUUGACCUUUUAGUUAGUGACUCAAAAUGAUGAAAGAUCACGAAGAUAGUUGGCGAUUAAUAAUCAUGUAAUCGCACCUCUACAUGGUAGUAAUCUGUUGUCUAAUAGUUCACUGUGAAUCAUAAAUGUUGAUUAGUAGUACGCAAAAUUAAAGUAAAAUAACAGCAGUGUUGUAAGACUAGAAUUUUAAAAGUGUCUAACGGUUUGUUACUAUUAAAAAGACUUUUCAAGAGCUACCUGCUGCUGGAGGAUGAAUUGUCAGUUUGAUGUUUGAAAAUGACAUUUUCGUAGUAUAGUUAAAUGUGGAAAAUCAAACCAAACUACUGGCAUGCAUUGGAAAAUGGUCAACAGAAAUGUAAUUUAUCUUCGGUUCGUUAAACCAUUAAAAACCAAACAUCUGUGUAGUCGUUUAACGUUUGGGAAGUUUCAUGCAGACUUUUCAUGCCAAAGUAUCCACACCUCUACACGCUAAAACUGCAUUUAUGUAAGGGCGCCGCUCUGUGCGGAAACAUGCCCAAAUCGCUGGAGGCUAAGAAGACACGGCUGUGUAUAGGACAGAGUGGUGACACCUGCACAUUUGUGGACCACAGUAACCACAGAAACGCUCAGGAGAAAAGCUUACAUGCGUUGGUAUGUGUGGAACAAUCCAACGUGGCCUCCUGAUCUGUGGCACCAAAGUUUGAGUGCUGCUGCCAACUUUCCUACAAAGCCUGCUUUUGUAUUUUUGCUGGCUGACCAUUUGCUUCACCCUCUGGGUCUCGUAUCUGUUAGUAGGGUUUUGGUUUUUUGUUUUGUUUUUUCUGCAAAGUUCUGUACUGUAGCUGAUGAGAGAAGAAUAAUUCACUAUAGCUGAUUUAUUUUUGUAUAAAUUCAGGCAAUAGAAUUACAGUCUGAUCACUGUAGUUUCUUUAACUGUCUGUAGAUGGAAGGUCACCUGUUAAUUCUAUCAGGUGUUUAUGUGAAAACUGGAGGGUUUUGUGACAUGACAGAAGUGUCUAUUCUAAGAGAGUGAUGUCACAACAAAAGUGUUUUCAAAUGUCAGUAUGUCCAGUCAAAAGCACUAUAAUGGUUAAUUUAUUUCUUAUUUUGGCUGACUUUAACUGUUGCUUUUGAGUUCCUUCAGUUUUGUUGAUGAAUCUCUUUGCUCCCUGACAUCACUGUGCAGGUUUGUAGGUCUAAAUUAGAACAUUAUUUCAAUGUGUGAUGUGAAAACUUAACUAUAAUGGUCGUCAGAAAAGCCAGAGCUUCUGAUCAUGAUUGUUUGGUGUGAAUUUUGUUUUUUUGUUUUUUUUAUUCCUGUCACACAAGGAUAGCUCUGCUGGAACAUUUGUAAAGCACUCGCUUUUGUUAUUGACAUUUUUAAAAAGGGUUUUAGUACAUUGGUCACAUUGCCUUUUUUUUUCUGAAGCUAAAUGUCAAUAGCAGUUUUUCCUCUUUUAAGGUGCUAUGAAAGCCAUUUUACAUGUUCAUAUAGCCUCCAAGGACUAUUUUCUGUGUAACACUUUAGCGUCUUAACUGCGUCCUGUGCAGAGAAUGAAGAAGCACUCCCUCUGUGUUCUGAGCUUUUCUGUUUGUCGUUUACAUUUUUGUUCGGGCCUCAUAUGCACAGUAAGUGCAUGAAAUUUCUACAUGUGCAUAUGUAGCACAUGUGAGUCUUGCACAGCAAAGCCAUUUCUCCUCCCCAUGUUUAUAAACAGCAGUAUUUUUUAACUACUCACUGCAAAGCUGUUGAUUCCCCACCCCCAUCUUAUCAAGAUGUUGGACAGCAGCAGUUUUCUAGCAAUACUUGCAGAAAUCACACUUAGAGGCUAAAAAUGCCUUUAACCAAGAAAGUGGCCUUACGUGAAGCAACAUUGUUUUCCCCACAUAGGGAGCUGUUAGACCUGUUAAAAGCUUCCAUGCAACUGCUCGGUGGGAGGGGAUGAGGAGGAGUGGCAGAGGAGCGAAGUGUUGUUUAUAUCCCGACGUGGGGCACAUGUUUGACAUCUAGUGGCAGAAAAUGAUUCAUAGCACCUUUCAGACACUUAAUGACAGAUAACCCUUUGAACCAGGGCAUUAAAGUCUCAUGCAGUGAAUUAUAUUUUUUAUGUAAGUUAAUGUCUUACCUUCUGGACUUAUUUCUGCAGAAAAAUACUUUUUGAAGACCUCAAAAGGGGUUUAAAAAGCUACUGUUUUCACACUUCCUCAGGGUAAUGUCAUUUAGAGAUGACUUUAUUUUCUUUACUUUAUAUAAGUAUUUUCAUGUCUUGUUCUGGAUUUAAACUGCCUAAUGUGGCUCCUGUCUACUUCUGCCAUCAAGAAUGAUCCAAUUAUCCGCCAGUCCACAAGGAGAUAUAUUCAUCAUGAGACUGUUCAUCUGUUCUAAAGUAAGAAAUGCAAAAACUGUUGACUUGGAAAAACGCUCAAAAGUAGCAGAUUUACUUUUUUGCUAAACUAACAUUUUACGCUUAAAUUUCUUACUCAUUUAAUCUGUACAGUUGGCAGUUAUUCUGUAAGAACAAAAGUUACAGAAACAAAGCCCACAAAACUAGCCGAUAAACUAUUUCACUUUCCCCUUCUGAUGUCUUCAUAGGUUUUGUUGAAGGCUGUGAUGCAAACUGAUGUUCAGUGGAACCCUGUUGCCUUUUUUACCGCAGGAAAAUAAAAGAUAAUCAUGUGUGUUUAUUGAACUUUCUGGUAUACCAGAUGGGAGACUGCUCAGGGGAUUUUACUGCUGCUCUGUGAUCAAAACCUUAUAACUUCAAGAAAUCACCUGGUCGUGAUUUUUUUUUUUUUUUUUUUUUACUGCUUUAUUUUCAAGUAGGUGUGCAGUUGGAGCUUUAUUCAUUUUUAAUAAAUUCUGAAUUCCCGAGUGAAUGGAAUUUACAUGUAAAGGAAUGCCCAAGAAAAAAAAGUGGAGUUAUGAGGUUUUCUCCCACACACACCCCACCACCACCACUAAAGCAGCAUCGUAAACAUGGCCUAAUUCAUCCUAGGAGGUUAAUCAAUGCACUUUUUAUUUUUGUUGGUUUUGCGAGUGUUUGAUUUAUUUUUUUACAGGGGUUCUUCCAAAAGACUGCAGGCGGGUGUUGGUGGUCUGAGAGUAAUGCAAAUGGUUCAUUAUGUUGGUUUUUGUCAAACGGAAUAAAGAAUUUCAGAAAA